AUGGAAAUCGGGGAUUUGUUUGCCGAAUGGGGCUAUGGCGCAGGCCAAAUUGACCCAAUAAAGGCACUGGAUCCAGGAUUGGUCUAUGACUUGUCAGAAAUAGAUUAUAUCCGUUUCCUGUGCAAGGCGAGCUACUCUGGAACAGCCUUAAGAAUUGUCACAGGAGAACAAAAUCUGAAUUGUUCGAGUAUUUCUCCCUUCGGUGGCCAUGAUGCUUUAAACUACCCAUCAAUGAAUGUGCAUCUUGAAAAUCCUCAGUCUAGCAUUACAGCUGCCUUCAUAAGGACAGUCACAAACGUAGGAUCCGAAAAAUCUACCUACAAGGCAGUGGUGAAGGCACCAAAAGAUCUCAAGGUCACUGUAAAUCCUGAUACAUUGGUCUUCAAUAAGGUAAACGAGAAGAAAUCUUUCAAGGUGAAAAUACAAGGGCCACCACUGGAGGAUACUCCUGUUUUGUCAGCUUCCCUAGAGUGGAUUGACUCAAAUAAUCAUAAGGUUAAGAGUCCUGUUGUUAUUUCUCACAUGCUGAUACCCACUAGAAAAUAG